CUGAGUUGCCAGCAACAUCGUCAAGCCUCCGACUUUGUGCCAGACCCUCGAGAUUCUCGUUCCAACCUGCAAUAUGGUCAAAAAGGCAAUUGACUCGCGCAUUGGAGCGCUCAUCCAUAAUGGCAUGCAGGAAAAGAAGCGCAGCUUCUUUGUGGUGGUGGGGGACCGCUCAAAAGACAUCAUAGUGAACUUGCACUACAUAAUGUCGCAGAGAGAUAUGAAGCAGAAUAAGUCGGUGCUGUGGGCAUACAAAAAGGACCUCCUAGGUUUUACGAGUCAUCGAAAGAAAAGAGAAAAUAAAAUCAAGAAAGAAGUGAAGCGCGGCAUUCGAGAAGCCAAUGCUGAGGACCCUUUCGAACUUUUCGUCUCGUUGCACAAUAUUCGAUACACCUACUACAAGGAGACAGAGAAAAUCUUGGGAAACACCUAUGGAAUGUGUAUUCUGCAAGAUUUUGAAGCCAUUACGCCAAAUCUUCUCGCUAGAACCAUUGAAACAGUAGAGGGCGGAGGAUUGGUAGUACUUCUGCUCAAGGGAAUGAGCAGUUUGAAGCAGCUGUACACAUUGUCUAUGGACGUCCAUUCGCGGUAUCGAACUGAAGCGCACGACGAUGUCACAGCAAGAUUCAACGAGAGAUUCAUCCUUUCGCUGGGAAAAUGUGAAUCAUGUCUUGUUAUAGAUGAUGAGAUGAAUGUUUUACCAAUCUCUGGCGGAAAGAAUGUUACUGCUCUCCCACCCCCAGAUCUGGACGAACCGAAGAGUAAGUCACAAAUAGAAUUGGAAAACAUGAAGGAGGCCCUUCAAGACACACCUUCCGUUGGUCCUCUUGUAACACUGGCAAAGACUGUCGACCAAGCAAAGGCACUGCUUACUUUCGUGGAUGCCAUUGCGGAAAAGACCUUGAGAAGUACAGUGACUCUUACUGCUGCAAGGGGACGAGGAAAGUCGGCCGCGCUCGGUGUUGCUGUUGCUGCAGCUGUUGCCCAUGGUUAUAGCAAUAUCUUCAUCACAUCUCCAAGUCCAGAGAACUUGAAGACUCUAUUCGAGUUCAUAUUCAAAGGUUUCGACGCUCUGGGAUACUUGGAUCACGAAGACUACUCCAUUGUGCAAUCUACGAACCCAGACUUCAAAAAGGCCAUUGUUCGUGUGAACAUCCACCGACAGCAUCGUCAGACUAUCCAGUAUAUCAAGCCCCAGGAUGCACAUGUACUUGGGCAAGCGGAGCUUUUGGUUAUUGAUGAAGCCGCUGCCAUCCCCCUUCCACUUGUACGAAAGCUGAUUGGUCCCUAUCUGGUAUUCAUGGCCUCAACAAUAAAUGGAUAUGAAGGCACGGGAAGAUCACUGUCGCUGAAGUUGAUAGAACAACUGCGUCAACAAUCAAGCGGUGCCAAAGUAAAUGGGUCGGAAGAUGCACAGGUAGCUGACCGAUCAACUGGAAAAGCUGCCAAAGUUCAGAGCACAUUCACCGGUGGUCGCUCUCUGCGGGAAGUGUCCCUCAAAGAACCGAUUCGAUAUGCGGAAGGUGAUACUGUAGAGAAAUGGCUAAACACAGUACUCUGCCUUGAUGCAACCCUGACUUCCCUACGAAACGUAGGAUUUCCUCAUCCUUCUGAUUGCGAGCUGGUUCUUGUCAAUCGUGACACUCUCUUUUCUUUCCACGACGUUUCCGAAAAGUUCCUGCAACAGAUGGUUGCCCUCUACGUUGCAAGUCACUACAAAAAUUCCCCCGACGAUCUUCAGUUGAUGAGUGAUGCCCCAGCACAUCAGCUCUUCGUCUUGAUACCGCCGGUUUCUGAGACUAGCAAGCGCCUUCCUGAGCCACUUUGUGUUAUCCAAGUCGCUCUUGAAGGACGUAUCAGCAAAGCAAGCGUUGCUAAUAGUCUCAGCCGAGGAAAAAGAGCUGCUGGAGAUCUCAUCCCUUGGAUUGUCAGUCAACAGUUCCAGGACGACGAGUUUGCUGGUCUUUCAGGUGCGCGUAUCGUCAGGAUUGCUACGAACCCAAAUUAUGUCAGGAUGGGUUAUGGCAAAAAAGCUCUCGAACUGCUUGUUGAUUUCUACGAGGGAAAGUUCGCCAAUUUAUCCGAGGAUGCCACAUCCUAUGUCGAAGAGACCAUAACCAGGGUGACCGAUGAAGAAUUGGCUAAUUCCUCCUUGCUUGAUGACAACAUCAAGGUCAGAGAUUUCAAGAAGAUGCCACCCCUCUUCUCCAAGCUCUCUGAGCGUCGCCCUGAGAAGCUUGACUACGUAGGUGUAAGUUACGGGCUGACAAAGCCAUUGCUCAAAUUCUGGGGCCAAGCUGCAUUCGCUCCACUAUAUCUGAGGCAAACUCCAAAUGAUCUGACAGGGGAGCAUACUUGUGUCAUGGUUAAGGCUCUUGGAUCUGGCGAAGACAUUUCAUGGUUGGGCUCAUUCUCACGGGAUUUCCAAAACCGAUUCGUCAAGCUUCUUCAGUUUCAGUUCAAGGAGUUUCCUGCCGAGUUGGCCCUCAUCAUUGAUGAACUCGCCAACAAGGGAGCAAAAUUAGACACAUCCCUCCAACAACAACGAUUUUCAAAGCAGGAUAUUGACCGGAUACUAAACCCUUGGGAUCUCAAACGGUUGGCGUCGUACGCAAACAACAUGCUCGACUACCAUGUAAUCCUCGAUCUUGUACCUGACCUCGCAAAGUCCUAUUUCAUUGGACCUCUGAAAACAGAAAUCACCCUUAGUGGUCUACAACAGUCCGUACUUCUUGCUAUUGGACUGCAGAGUAAGGAUUUCGACAUGCUGGAGAAAGAGCUCGAGAAAGUCCAGUCAUCACAGUUGCUAGCCUUGUUCAUCAAGACGAUACGCAAGAUGAGCUCACACUUCAGCGAGGUAGUCUCCGGAGCAUACGAAUCGGAGCUUCCAGACCGAGACAACAUUGGUGUAAGUCGGGAGAAUGCAAGCGGAGCUCAUGAUGACGAAGUCGUGGAUGACAAAUUCGUACCGUUGGAGCUUGGCCUUGAAGAGGAACUUGAGGAGGGGGGAGAUGAGGCAUUGAAGGCAUUAAGGGAGAAGCAGAGAGAGCUGAUUAAUGCUCUACCUUUGGAGCAAUAUGAGAUCGAGGAAGGUGCGCCUGGAUGGGCAGCAGCAGAGGAGCAAAUACGGAAGUCCGGCAAGAAAGGCGCUGUGGUCAGCGUGAAGAGUGCUAAGAGCAAGAGGAAACCAGACGAGACGGCUGCUGAAAUUUAUGCAAAGGAAAUGGGCGAAAAGGCGCACAAAAAGUCCAAAAAGGGGCCCAAAAAGGAUCGUCCGUAGUUUUGACUUGUAGUGUAGAUUCAAUCGUAUAACUAAUACCAGUCUUGGCGGUC